AAACCGCUAACAUUUUUUUUAUCGUGUCUCCUUCUAGCAGAAUCACCUAGAAACACAAAGCGUUACUAUUUUCGUCUCCUCGCAACCUCCUCCAAUCAUCGAAAAAUGGCUGAAAAUGGUUCUCUAGAUCAGUUCUUGGCUGCUGCCGUUGAUGCCGCUCAAAAAGCUGGACAGGUCAUUCGUAAAGGCUUUUACGAGACCAAACAUGUCGAACACAAAGGCCAGGUGGAUCUGGUGACGGAGACUGAUAAAGGAUGUGAAGAGCUCGUGUUUAACCAUCUCAAACAGCUUUUCCCCAAUCACAAGUUCAUUGGAGAAGAAACAACAGCUGCGAAUGGUGUGACUGAACUAACAGACGAACCAACUUGGAUCGUUGAUCCUCUUGAUGGGACUACUAACUUCGUUCACGGGUUCCCUUUUGUCUGUGUUUCCAUUGGACUUACCAUUGGGAAAGUCCCUGUGGUUGGCGUCGUCUAUAAUCCUAUCAUGGAUGAGAUGUUCACAGGUGUCCAAGGGAAAGGAGCCUUCUUGAAUGGCAAACCAAUCAAAGUGUCAACUCAGAGCGAGCUUGUAACCGCUUUGCUCCUAGCAGAGGCGGGCACUAAAAGAGAUAAAGCUACAUUAGACGAUGCUACCAACAGAAUCAACAGUUUGUUAACCAAGGUGAGGUCCCUGAGGAUGGGUGGCUCGUGCGCACUGGACCUCUGCGGUGUCGCUUGUGGAAGGGGUGACAUCUUCUAUGAAAUUGGUUUUGGCGGUCCAUGGGACAUUGCAGCAGGAAUUGUGAUUGUUAGAGAAGCUGGUGGACUUAUUUUUGAUCCAUCUGGUAAAGAGUUGGACAUCACAUCGCAGAGAAUUGCGGCUUCAAACGCUUCACUCAAGGAGUUGUUCGUGGAGGCGUUGCGGCUUACAAAUGUGUGAAGUUACCUAUUCUUUGCUAUGGUCACACCUUAUGAACCAUGUGACCAAUUAAAGCAUUUCUUUUUACAACUAUGUCACAACCAACUGAUUUUUCGUUUGAAGUUAUAUUUCUCCUUUAUGCUCA